AUGGAUCAAUCAGAACACGAGGCCAAAGAGAUGCUCAAACCAUAUUUACAAUAAUUAGUUUAAUUGGAGGAGGCUGAUAAAUUGAAGUAAGCGUAGAUAACUGCCUUACGUUUGGCUAUUGAAUAAUUGAAGCAAUAAGCAUUGGAUCAUCAGAAGAAAUAUGAGGAGGAAUAAAAAAAGGAAGCAAAGAAGAAGGCAGUUGUUAAGAAGUGA